GCUUUGGAAAUCCCGGCGGAUCUGUCGGAUGAUAAGGAUGUGCACCGAGUGUUCAAUGAGACAAUUAAGGCAUUUAAUAGAUUGGAUGUGUUGGUCAAUAACGCCGGGGCCUCCGUCUGGACCAACGGAACCGCUGAUAACUUUUUGGAAAUUUUGGACAAAUCACUCGCAGUGGAUGUGAAGGCAAAUCUGACUCUCAUUCGACUCUUUGAACCACAUCUCAAACAAACCAAAGGAAGUGUUGUUAACAUUACAGCUGUGCUGACGGAGAGACCGCAAAAAGGCUAUUUAGCGUAUCAAAUAGCAAAACUGGGUUUAGAGAUGGCCACAACUACACUGGCACUAGAGUUGGCCCCACAGGGUAUACGUGUUAAUAGUGUCAGCAUCGGUGUGGUUCGUUCAUAUGCUGUGUGGGAUAUACCCGAGUUUGAAAAGGCCACUAACAAUGCCAUCAAAUAUACACCUCUCGGACGCAACGCUGAGCCCAUAGAGAUCGCCAAAGGAGUGGUAUUCCUGUCCUCAUCGGACGCCUCAUUCAUAACGGGACACAAUCUGGUCAUCGAUGGCGGCCUUAAGUAUAACAUUGGAUCCGACUUUCUGUUUAAAUAG